AUGGAUUCAUAUUGCACGCCACCUGACGUGGAGGAAGUUGCUUUAGCGGCGGUCGAAAAUUUACUUCCGACAAAGUCAAAGGACAUCUACGAUAAAGCUUGUAGGAAAUUUAUUGAUUGGUGUAAGCAAAAAAACGCAAAAACCUACUCGGAACAUGUGCUUCUGGCUUAUUUCUCGGAACUGAAAUCGAAAGAAAACAAGAAGUGCUCCACCCUAUGGUCUACUUAUUCGAUGAUUAAGAGUAUACUCAAUGUCAAACAUGGGGUGGAUAUUAGCAAGUAUUUAAAACUAAGAGCUUUCCUAAAGAGGCAAAAUGAAGGACACAUACCAAAAAAGUCAAAAGUUUUUACCAAAAAUGAGUUCGAUGCUUUUAUUAACAAUGCUCCCGAUAACGACUACUUAGGAAUGAAGAUUGCAUUGAUAAUAGGCAUUGCUGGCGCGUGUAGGUGCGAUGAAAUAGUAAAAAUGAAGACUGAAGACAUCGAAGAUUUGGGAUCUCUUCUUCAUAUACAAAUUCCGGAUAGUAAAACUAACAAAACCCGGUCCUUUACAGUGAUAGGAGCACACUAUAUCGGCAUUUAUAGAAAAUAUGUCAACGUUCGGCCAGCAAACAUGAAUAACUCGAGAUUUUUUUUGAAAUUUGCAAAGGGAAAAUGUCAUCGAGCUGUGAGGGGAAUUCACUUUAUUGGAGAAAUAUGCAGAAAAGUGGCGUCGUACUUGAAUUUGAAAAACCCCAAAGAAUACACUGGGCAUUGUAUGAGAAGGACUUCAGCUACACUGCUGGUCGACGCAGGAGCCGAUAUUACUUGUUUAAAGAGACACGGUGGCUGGAAGUCUAAUUGUGUAGCUGAAGGUUACAUAGAAGACUCGAUUUCAAAUAAAAAUGAAAUUGCACAAAAAAUACUUUCGACAACUUUAGAAAAUCCAGGUUUAUCAGAUGAAAUGACUUCAACUACUCCUCCAUUUGAAGUGGAGACCAAUCCAGUUCUUGAAAAUACUUGUAGUUCAUUGGAAAUAAGACGAGCUAAACAAAACUUGACUCUUCAAAACUUGGAUGCUGCAGGAACGAGCUCAGGGUUUAAUUUCAAUAAUGGGCUAUAUUUAAACGAAUUUCCCUGGGAAUUUCAAGGAUUUCAAGAUAAUCGACGAAUGGAGGAAGUUAUGAGGAAGUACGGGGAAGUCUGGGGAAGUUCGGGGAAGUACUGGAAGUCCGGGGAAGUUCGAGGAAGUACGGGGAAGUAUAUGGGAAGUACAGAGGAAGUACUCAUUUCUUCAUAA